AUGGCGGAACAAGUUCCCCAAGCCGUUGCCGGUAGAGCGAUAGCUCAAGUUGUUCAAAAUCCUCAACCUGCUCAAGGCCAACCUGCCGUGGCGCAGCAAGCUCAGGACCAACCUAUGGCACAACAAGCUCAGAAUCAAGAGGUAUGCAUCUUCUUCUGUUUCGGAUACCAUGUGAUUGAUUAUAUUUCAGUGGCUAAUUUUUAUCGGUAGAGUUUAGAUUUGGUUUACUUUCUGUAGAUGUGAAAUUGUGUCAGGCCUGCGGGGCCGUGAAAGUUUUUUCUUUGCCUGCGGGGCCGUUAAAAUUACUUGCCUGCGAGGCCGUGAAAGUUUUUUCUUUGCCUGCGGGGCCGUGAAAGUUUUUUCUUUGCCUGCGGGGCCGUGAGAGUUUUCUUUGACUGCGGGGCUGUGAAAGUUUUCUUUGCCUGCGGGGCCGUGAAAGUUUUUUCUUUGCCUGCGAGGCCGUGAGAGUUUUCUUUGACUGCGGGGCUGUGAAAGUUUUCUUUGCCUGCGGGGUUGUGAAAGUUUUCUUUGCCUGCGGGGCCGUGAAAGUUUUCUUUUUCUGCGUGGCCGUGAAAGUUUCUUUGCCUGCGGGGCUGUGCAGAAAGUUUUCCUUUGCCUGCGAGGCCGUUGAAGUUUUCGUCCCCUGUGGGGCCGUGUAGGAAGUUUUUUUUCUUUUGCCUGAGAGGCCGUUUGGAUUUAUUUGCCUGGAAGUUUCCUUUGCUUAGGAGGCCGAGAAAUUUUCUUUGUCUUCGUAGCCGCGAAAGUUGCUUUGUCUGCGGGGCUGUUAAAGUUUUCUUUGUCUGCGGGGAUCAAAGUUUUUUCUUUGCUUGCGAGGCCGUGAAAGAUUCUUUGUCUGCACUGUCAUUUAAAAAUUUUUUGUUUGUGCUUCUGGGGUCGAAAAUAGUUUCGGUAUUUUGCUUUUUGGAAUGAAAUGCUUUAUGUUCACCUUCGGUUGUGGUAGUGUGAUGCUGGCGCGCAAGAAUAAAUUUUUUUUUCUCCUUUAGCCUUUUUUGUUUUUGUGGCUUGAAUUUUACUUUGUAGCCCCUCGUUUAAGAAAUUGCUUGCUGAUAUAGAAAGUUCUGUUGCCGUGCUUUGCUUCGUUGGAGUGUGAUGCCUGAGCAUCAUUCGCCGUUCAUUUGCUUGUGCAAGCUUACGUGUAGUAGCUUUUAGUUGUACGGUAUGUAAAAAAAAAAAAGAAAGAAAGACUGCUCUGCCGUUGUGUGUUUUUAAGACAUUUUUUGGCCUGUGAGGCUAGGAGCGUUCAUCGUUAUUGCUGGAAGUUUGAGGUUUUGAUAAUUUAAUUUAAUUUUUAUUUAAUUUAAUCUAACUUAAUGUAAUGCAAUAUUUCAUAACUUGUAAUCUAAUCGGUGUUGUUCUUUUUCAGCCUGUAUUAUACUGUGCUUGAUCAGUCAUGAGAUCGAGUAAUGAAAAGAAAGGAAAUGAAUGGAUCAGUGAUUUUUUAUCUUGCCUUUUGAAUUCUGUUAUAUAGGAGGAGGGUGAUCUUGCUCGUGUCUUAGAGAGACUUAAGAAGUUGGAAGAUUCCCAAAAGAAAUCUGUUGAAUCAGUGUUGGAGGAUUUACAGCACCUAAUACGUUCUCCGUUGUUCCAGAAGGACCAGGCAAUUGAUUACCUAGUGAAUCUGAAGAUUGUGGCCAAGGAAACAAAACAAGCGAAAGCUGGAUUUUAUUCUGCAGUGCUAACAGCAAUGCAAAAUAAAAUGUGGGCCUCAAACAUGCAAUUUAAGCGCUAUCUUGAAGCCCUCUUAGGAGAUAAGGAGGAUGAAGCGGUACUCAAGCGGAUUGCUGCCUUAGAUAAAGCGUUGCGAGUGCCUGGAGUUGGUGCAAAUCGUUUCAUGCCAAGGGGGAGGGGCAGGGAUAGAUCACAAGUCCAGUGUUUUCAGUGUGGCCUAUAUGGGCAUUAUCAGAGGUUCUGUUCCUCGCGUCCACAGCCAGGUCCUCAGUCUAAGAGGCCUCGCCUUUAUAAUCAAGGAGUUGAGGCACCUCAAAAAUAAUGAAUGUAUUGACAGGAUUAAGGCGUUUUCCCAAUGUUUUUUUAUCAGUUUCCAGUAUUUAUGCCGUGUGUUUCUCGGCAUUCAAGGCUCCCUUUUCAUUGUGUCAAUCGGUGUCUGUUGUUGUUUCAAUUUUAAUUCACUCUUGUAAUUUCUGGAUCGGGGUAGAGUAGCUCCUGCUGGUUCAUCACAUAUGGUGACCACCAGACGACCUGUUUUCAGGCGAAUUGAGGCUGCUCCCUCCUGAUCGGGAACCCCAGGUCUUCCCAUAGGUGAUCUCUCUUUUUGCCCUCUUUUCCUUAGAUUUUGGGUGGUACUAAGCGUGAGGCUGCUGUGGAUAACUUUUACGUUCUUAAGGAAUUUCAACUACAGACAACGGCAAUUAAACCAAGAAACGAGACCCUAUGGGUGGAUAUGACUUGGGUUCCCGUUCAGGGGGGUGCGGCUGUGUGUUGGGAAAGUGUUAUCUUAUCUGGUAAGGUUCCGGAUCUCGGGACUUUACAUUUAAGGGAUCCGGAUUCCUUUGUGGCAGGCGGUCUUCACCGUAAUUCAGCCGCCUGGGAGCUGGUACUUGAGGGUCAUCCGUUGAGGAACUGUAUUCUAGAUUGGAUUAGAAAUAAAGUCGACAUCUUAAGUUUUUCAAGGCCUUUUGCGGGAGUUUUCAAGAGAGCUAAAUAUUCGUCUACUGUUCCACCUAAGAAGAUUUUCCCGAAUCAUGUAAACUGUAAAAAUUUUUACGGAAUUUACAUCCAAGGAGAUUCGGAAUCGUGUUUUAACCGGCGCUGUUAG